AUGAAAAAGUCAAAGCCACAUCUCAUUGUAAUCAAUUACCUUUAUGUUAAUUGCAAGAAACCGAGUGGGUCUAAUAACUCUCCAAGCUCUUACAUCGAAGAACUUUCAUCGUCUACAAAUACACCUGCAACAAAACCGAUAAAUUUUGAAGUUGCAAAUACACCAACAGUAGCUAUAAAUACACCAACAUCAAAAGUUGAUGCCAAUUACGCAUCAUCUAGCACGUCCACUGCGUUAGCAAAACCGGUUCCAUUAUCUAGUGAUGUUAGUCAUUCAAAAUCUAAUUUAAUGCCAUUUUCUAUGU